GCCGCUGUUCUUCCAGGAGCCGGAUGGCACGUGGGCCAUGCAUGUCGACGAAUGCGCGAAGCUUGUGGCGACCAUGUUCUUCUACAAGGAUGAAGCGGCGUUUGGCACUGCUCAUUUGACUCCAGCCCAGCUGGUGGAAAGCGUUGACGGCGACGUCGAGGGCUACGUGAACGUGAUCCGCUACGCCAUCCUCCAACUCCCCAAGAAGAAGACGACAGCCACCCGUCCAUUUUUUUUUUUCUUGCGCAAGCAGGCAGAACAAGGUAACGCCAUUUCCAGUACUGGCAGCAUGGCCUGAGGGAGACCAUGCCGGCGACAGAGUUUGCCGGCAAAGGAUGGAGCGUCGACCCACGAGGAAAGGGGAGCGACGGCGACGAACUCACAAAGGAGAACUGGGUGCUUGACCUGUCCGCGUAUGCUUACAUCGCCCCUGACCGAAAGACAGUCACGCUUGCGUGUGGUUUCAAUCCGGACACAACCCUGUGCAACAGGUGCAGGUGCAAGAACAAGAAGUGCUCGCUCGUUUGCGGCUGCAGAAAUCGUUGCACCCUACGGCGGGCGGCGGCGGCACCCGUGCGUGCAGGGGGGAGGUCUGCGUCACGGCCUACGGUGGGUGCUUGUCAAACUAGGCGGGUAGAGGGUACCUCCCGACCCCAACCACCCAUCGCGAGUCGACCACAGCCAUCCUACAGUGUUGCCAAUGCCAUGGCACUCUUUGCCGCCUCUAUGAGGCAGCAGGAAUCGCAUGGAGCGGAACAGAACGAUGUGGAGGCGGGAUCCCCCGAGUCGCCUGCGAGCAAGGACGUUUCCGCCGGCGAGGCCGCGGAAUCUAAGAGCGCAGAGUUAGAGGACCCCGAGUCGGACGAGAAGUGCGACGGUUCGGUCGGUGCACUCGACGAUUUGAUCCAGUUGGAUUCGAGCGAAUCUGGCUCCAGCGAUGGGGGACCUGACGGGGUGAGCGAGAAGAGCGUCGACUCCAACUGGAGUGACGGAGAAACAGAUGAUAAUGGUGUUGCGGAUCUCGUCAUCGACGCCUGGAACUGAGAUCUGGCUACUUCUUCAGGCAGGUCCGUCCGUGCUUUACUUCCGUUGGAUGCAUCCGUCCACGAAAUACGACGACCCCGAGAU